AUGUAUAAUAGACUCGUGAAAAGUCGAAAAGGAUUAACAGAUGAGUUUAUAAGAGGUGUUGGUGAAUUUAUAUCUUUUGCAUUAUCGCAAGAUACUUUUGUAUCUAAUGGUAAAAUACGGUGUCCGUGUUCAAGGUGUGAUAAUCUUGGUUUUCUUGGUAUAGAGGAUGUAAAGACUCACUUAUAUAAGUACGGUUUCAUCCAUGAUUAUUACCAGUGGGUAUCGCAUGGAGAGGAAUACGUAUAUUUUGAAGCCCUAACUUCUACCCCUAUAGAAAACGAACAAGAAAAUGAACAAAGUGUUCAAACACCACCAAAUCCAUAUCGCACAAUGGUUUUAGAAGCAUCUGGACUUAAUCAAAACUUUGAAUUUGAUAGAGAUGAUUUAACUCGAGAUGAUGAAGAAGUACCUAAUAGCGUUGCUGAGAAAUUUUAUGAAUUGCUUAAGGCUACAGAAGAACCACUUUAUGAAGGGUGUAAAUCCCAUACCCCAUUAUCAGUGAUGGCAAGGUUGUUAAACAUUAAAUCCGAGUUCAAUAUGAGUCAAGCAUGCUUUAAUCGAAUAUUGCAGCUGGUGAGAGAGCUAUUACCAGAUGAUACCAAAUUACCUAAUGAUUUUUACAAGACUAAACAAAUGGUUAGAAAACUCGGUUUAGGCUAUCAGAAGAUACACGUGUGCGUAAAUGAAUGUAUUUUGUAUUAUAAAGAAAAUGAGGAGUUGAACUUAUGUCCUAUUUUUGGUCACUCUCGAUAUAAACCUAAGAGAAGAGGUGAUAAAAAACAAAAAGACAUUCCUCAUAAGAUUUUGCGGUACUUUCCUCUCACACCACGACUUCAGAGAUUAUAUCUGUCUUCUAAAACUUCUGAACAUAUGAUAUGGCACAAAAGAAACGGUCAAGAAAGUGAGACGAUGAGGCAUCCGUGUGAUGGGGAGGCGUGGAAGAGCUUUGAUGAAUCUUAUCCUUUAUUUUCUUCCGAGCCACGCAACGUUCGAUUAGCUCUUUCAUCCGAUGGAUUUAGUCCAUAUGGACAAAAGAGUCAUCCUUAUUCUUGUUGGCCAGUAAUCAUUACUCCGUACAACCUUCCACCUGGAAUGUGUAUGAAAACCCCUUACAUGUUCUUGACUCUCGUUAUCCCUGGGCCAAAAAGUCCCGGUAAGAACAUAGAUCUAUAUUUGCAGCCUCUCAUAGAUGAGUUGAAAGAAUUGUGGGAUGUGAGAGUAGAAACCUAUGAUUCAUUUAGGAAACAAAAUUUUCUAAUGCGAGCUGCACUUAUGUGGACCAUUAAUGACUUUCCAGCGUAUGGAAUGUUAUCUGGAUGGAGCACACAUGGUGUUUUAUCAUGUCCUGUGUGUAUGGAGAACAACAAGUCAUUUUACUUGAAAGAGGGUAGGAAACCAACAUUUUUUUAUUGCCAUCGUCAAUUUCUACCCAUGAAUCAUUCUUUUCGAAAAGAUAAGAAAUCUUUCCGCAAAGGGAGUGUGGAGAAGGCAAUGGCUCCAGCAAGGUUGUCUAGCGAAGAUGUUUGGGGAAAGGUGCGCAAUUUACCAAAGAUAGUGGGGAGAAUUGGGCAUGAAAAACUUCCUGGAUUUGGGGAGAAUCAUAAUUGGACAAAACAAUCCAUAUUUUGGGAAUUGCCUUAUUGGCAUGCACACCUCAUUCGACAUAAUCUAGAUGUGAUGCAUAUUGAGAAAAAUGUGUUUGAUAAUACUUUCAAUACAAUUAUGGAUUUUAAGGGCAAGUCCAAGGAUAACAUCAAAGCUAGAAAGGACUUGAAAAUCAUUUGCCAUCGUCCAGAUCUUGAAUUGAGGAAGCGAAAUGGAAAAGUUUUUGUACCAAAAGCAGUUUACUCAUUAUCAAAGGAUCAAAAAAAGUUGGUAUGUGAAUGGGUUAAAAACCUUAGACUACCCGAUGGGUAUGCCUCGAAUUUAGCAAAAUGUGUGGACAUGAAAGAUUUGAAAGUAUCUCGAUUGAAAAGUCACGAUUGUCAUGUCUGGAUGGAAAGAUUAAUCCCAAUUGCAUUUAAAGAUUUGUUGCCUGAAUCAGUUUGGAAUGCAUUGACCGAGCUAAGUUUAUUUUUCAAAGGCUUAUGCUCAAGAGAGUUGCAGAUUAAAAAUAUAAAAAAAUUGGAAGAGAGCAUUGUAGUGACCAUAUGCAAGUUGGAAAAAAUAUUUCCUCCUGGUUUCUUUGACUCCAUGGAACAUUUGCCAAUUCACCUGCCUUAUGAAGUUAGUGUUGGGGGUCCGAUGCAAUAUCGGUGGAUGUACCCAUUUGAACGGUUUUUGCACCAUUUAAAGAAGAAAGUAACCAACAAAGCUUGUAUUGAGGGUUCUAUUUGUGAAGCAUAUUUGAUUGAAGAAACUUCGACUUUUUGCUCUCAUUAUUUUGAACCUCAUAUUCAAACUAAGCUAACCACUGUUGGUCGUCAUGAUGAGGGAGGCGAGGUUGAUGCUCCUGAUGGAUCUUUGUCUAUCUUUACUCAUCCAGGUCGUCCUUCUGGAUAUGAGCUCGUGCGGUACUUGGGAGAUGAAGAGUUCAAUGCUGCCACUAUAUACGUUUUAUUGAAUUGUGCAGAGAUUGAACCAUUUGUGAAGUAA